UUGGAAGGGAGGCCACCAUGUGAUCGUCGUUAACACACUCCAUAAAGAGGACUGCACGGCAGGAAGAAAACGUGUGUUUCCUCGUCGCAUGGCCCCGCGCAUUCUUCUGCCACGCGCCAGGCGGUGACGCCGUCUUUUUCCUGGGAGACUUGCGCGUAAAAUCCAAAAACAGAAUCUCUCCGAGAUGUGGUGGUUCACGCAGGGUCUGUGCUUCCUGCCAGUGUUCCUGGUCGUCUGGUCCUCCUGCACGUUCAUCAUCACCUACCUGAUCGCGGUCUUCAGACGCGACGUCGAUGUGGUCUUUCCAUACAUCAGUGACACAGGUGCAUAUCCCCCUGAGAGCUGCAUCUUUGGCCUGAUGACAUUCAUCUCUGCCUGUGCAGGAGGAGCGACCAUAUACUCCAGAUACAAGUUUGUGGAGAAGCUGAGCGAGGGAGCAUUGGUGACGAGGUCGUGGCUCAACAAGGCCGCUCUGGCCCUCGGGAUGCUCUCCUGCCUCGGCAUGUGCGUCGUCGCAACCUUCCAGGAAACAACAGUGCCAGAAGUUCACGACACAGGAGCGCUGCUCUUCUUUGUCUCCGGUGUCUUGUACACCGUCGUCCAGUCGUUCAUUUCGUUCCACAUCUAUCCGUUCGGAUCCUCCACGAGUGUGUAUCGGGCACGUGUGGCCAUCGCCAUCCUCGCUGCUGCGGCGUUUUUCCCCACCGUCAUCUGUGCGUUCUUUGUGAAGCAGAACACGAUUCACAUACACAGAGGAGACAAGGAAUACGCUUUCCACGUAGCCAGCGCUGCAUGCGAGUGGGUCGUUGCCUUCAGCUUCGUCUGCUUCUUCCUCACGUACAUCGACGAUUUUAAACUUUUCUCCUUACAGGUGAAAACAGAACUUCAGGAAUUUUGAUCUACAACUUCCCACUGAAUAUUUUAUGAGCACCAGUAUUUUUUAUAUAUAAGGGUAUCUUUUUGUACACAAGACUUUUAUGACUUUUUAUGACUUCACGUUUUAGCAAAAUAAGUACUUUUGCACUUGUAUCAUUACAUUUCAUAGCUUUAGCUCAGCCGUCACUUUUGCACUUUGUACUCUCGACUCCUGCCACGCGCGUGACGCGUCCCGUCAGACCUGUGGCAAAGCAAUAGGAGAAGUUUGUCCUGCAGCAAUCACAUGAUCUUGUGCGGUUGAACCUGAAAUUGAAGUCAAACCAGUGACACGUUUCUCUUGCGGGGAACUUGGGUUUGUUACUCUAAAUGAGGGGCCACACUGAUACUGUACGUCGGUGCUCUUUUUGUGUACACACCUGGAAACUGACACCUGUUAUUCAGAUGCUGCCAGGUUCUGAACAGAAGUUAUAUUUUAUUAUUGUUGGGCAUUUUUUCCCGUUGUGUUUUCUGUGGAUCACUGCACCGUUGUGACAACAAAUUAGGAAGAAAAACUCUUUCUAUGGAUGCUCUAAUUCAGAGAUUUAGUCGUGGUACUUCGGUGCAAACUGUAUUCUGAGGUUCUAUAGUGCAGCUCUGGAUGUCAUCGUCCACAUCCUGCAAUCAGCUCGCACACUGGGAAUCUGGCUGCUCAGUGGAAAGGGAAUAAGGCUAAUUGGUCAAUUAGUUAGCCCAGUGAAACCGCACAAUUUAAUUCCUAUGAUCAACAGGAAAUGAGGCGGAGUAGAAUUGGAGUCGUGGUUCUCAAUAUCGCUUUGCUUCUCAGAACUAAAUGAAUGCCGUCUUGUGGCCCGUCUCCACAGGUUGAUGUGGACACGUGUUUUCUUUUCCUUCUCAAAAUGUUUCAUUUGAAGGAUUUGCAGAGGUUUUAAAGAGGCAGAGUGUCCAGAAUGUCUCCACAUGAAAUGCAAGAAAUUGAGAAAAAGUCUCAGUAGUAGUAGUAUAUCUAUUUUGUGACACAUGAAUAUAUUUAUAUUAGUUUCUCUCUUUUAACCCUUGAAAGCCUAAGAGUGUUAUCAAUUAUCAAGUACCAGGUAAAGAUCCAGUGCCUCAGAGGAAAGCUCCAGUACUGACGCCGUUAUUUAUGAACCAACACAAAUAAAAUCACAGGGGGAAACUACAAAAAACUAAGGUCGGAGGUUGAGAUGCCCUCUCGGAAAAUCAAACUGAAAGUGGUAAAUUACUCCCAAAGCAGAAAUCCUGAGCUGUAAACGGACCAAAUGGAGAUCACAUAAAAACUGAUUUCCUUUUUUUUCCCACUAGAUAAUGUAUUUAAAAGGGAAAUUAUAGUGUUUUUUUACUCGAUUUUUCUAUUUAGCUCGUGAUAUAAUAACUGAUCAACUGAGCUUAAUAAUAAGGAAGCACUUUGUAGCGUUUGUUAGAGAUCCUACAGUUCACUCUCUCGAACAAAAUGCUGUCUCCACACUCACUUUUUCACUGUCGAAUAUCCAUUCAUAGAAAUCUUAUCAAAAGACGAUACAUUUAUGUUCUGCUAAAGCAUUCUCCACAUUUUCGGGCGUGUACACACACGUUGCGAAUGACGUCGUGAGUCUAGAAACACAAAAAAAACUCAUUGUUUACCUUUUUUGAAAAAAGCCGUUAUCAUUGAUUUACCUCUGAGCAGAGGUCAGCUCGAUUCCUGGCACAACUUCACGCCUGCUCGACAAGCUUCAGUGGAAAUGGAAAAAUGUUCGCUUAAUAUCAGACGCAAAAAAUAACAUGACCAUUUAUCGUUUAUUCACAUAAAUCGAAGACGCAUAAAUCGGCUUCAGAAAGAGCUCAGAUUACAUCUCGGAAAUUUAAUCUGCAAAUAAAAUUCUAGUUUUUGACUAAAUAUGAAUGAAAUCAAUGAAAUAUAGAUAAAAAUUUAUAUAUUUUAAAAUAAAAUCUGAGACUGUAAAAGUGCAAAUACUGAAGGGAUCUGAAUACUUUUCAAAGUCGACUGAAUCUACUGUUUCCAUCUCUCUUUUUAUAUAUCAGUCGAAACACGUUUUUUUCAACUGCAGCUUGUUUGUUGUAUCACACAUGUAAUGAGAAAUAUAAUGUUUGUACUUAUUGAAACAA